AUGGACAUGACGCCGAGCUGCCACCGUGUUCUGCCGGGCAUGGUGGAUCAUGCAACACGUGUCACCGACGGCAAGGUUGCAGUGCUCUUUGAGGGAGGAAUCUGGGACAUGCUCAUCACCUUCAAUCUCGACGAGCUCGAGGGUAGGGAGAAGGGGGCGCCCAUGGUGAACCCCAAGUCUGUGGUGCUAGAGGAUCUUGUCGCGCAGCUUGAGGAGGACGAUGAUGAUAAGGAGGACGAAGUGGCCAAGAAGGAGAAGGAACCUGAGGGAGCCGCAGCGGCGGCAUGA